UCAUGCAGGCAAGAUGGCGGAAGGGGAGGACGUGGGCUGGUGGCGGAGCUGGCUGCAGCAGAGCUACCAGGCAGUCAAGGAGAAGUCCUCCGAAGCCUUGGAGUUCAUGAAGCGAGACCUGACGGAGUUCACCCAGGUGGUGCAGCAUGACGCGGCCUGCACCAUUGUGGCCACGGCCAGCGUAGUAAAGGAGAAGCUAGCCACUGAAGGCUCCUCGGGGGCAACAGAGAAAAUGAAGAAGGGGUUGUCUGACUUCCUAGGAGUGAUCUCCGACACCUUUGCUCCCUCACCGGACAAAACCAUAGACUGCGAUGUCAUCACCCUGAUGGGCACACCCUCUGGCACAGCUGAGCCCUAUGAUGGCACCAAGGCCCGCCUCUACAGUCUGCAGUCGGAGCCGGCAACCUACUGCAAUGAACCAGAUGGGCCCCCGGAAUUGUUUGAUGCCUGGCUUUCCCAGUUCUGCCUAGAGGAGAAGAAGGGGGAGAUCUCAGAGCUCCUUGCAGGCAGCCCCUCCAUCCGGGCCCUCUACACCAAGAUGGUCCCAGCAGCUGUUUCCCAUUCAGAAUUCUGGCAUCGGUAUUUCUAUAAAGUCCAUCAACUAGAGCAGGAGCAGGCCCGGAGGGAUGCCCUGAAGCAACGGGCAGAACAGAGCAUCUCUGAAGAGCCUGGCUGGGAGGAGGAAGAAGAGGAACUUGUGAGCAUUUCACCCACAUCUCCAAAAGAGGCAAACGUUCCUGUGGCCCAAACUUCCCCAUCCCCUGAAGGAGGACCUGGCCCCCUGAGCCCCUGUGAAGACAAUCCGGUGGCUCCCGCUGAGCCUCCUACAGAGGUGACUCCGUCAGAGAGCAGCGAGAGCGUUUCCGUCGUAACGCAGAUGGCUAAGGUUGCCGCUGCCGCCGAGGCACCGCUGCCGCCCAAGGACCUGUCCCAGAAGCUUCUCGAGGCAUCUUUGGAGGAACAGGGCCUGACUGUAGAUGUGGGUGAGACUGGACCCCCGCCCCCGGCUCCGUUCAAGCCCCAGCCCCCUGCUGGCCGCCCUAGCGGCCCCGAGCCCAGGCCUCCUGCCAGAGUAGAGACUCUGAGGGAGGAGGUACUCACAGACUUACGGGUGUUUGAGCUGAACUCGGACAGUGGGAAGUCUACACCCUCUAACAAUGGAAAGAAAGGCUCAAGCACAGACAUCAGCGAGGACUGGGAAAAGGACUUCGACUUGGACAUGACCGAAGAGGAAGUGCAGAUGGCACUCUCCAAAGUGGAUGCCUCUGGGGAGCUGGAAGAUGUAGAGUGGGAGGACUGGGAAUGAGGGGAGCCAGAGCGUGCAGCUCCCCCUGCCCACAGAACCUCCCACCCCCUCGCUCGUCUCAGCCCAGCCCUGGAAGACACUGACUGAGAAUGUCCCCCCAAUGGCCUCUGUCAACCAGAGCUCGGGUACAGAUUCUGGGUGGCUCCUUGCUGGUCCUUUGGGCCUCUGCUCACAUCUGGGAAGGGGCUCACUAAAUCCAAACCAGGAACUCUGACUUGUGCCAACCAUAGGAUGACUCAAGGGGGAGGAGACCUACCCCUCCUCACCAGAAGAGCCUCCAUUUCUCUGCUGAACACCCACUGUUCUUAGGGACUCUUGCUGGGAAGGCCCAAGGGAUAAUUCUAGCCCUUCUACCUGUGUAGACAGAAACUAAGCACCAGUCUCUUGGAGGAAGCUGAGACAACACUGUCCACCCAUAAGCAGGCAAGGAAGGCCAUCCCACCUGUCCUUGGCUAGACAGGAUGGCAAGCACAUUCUGGUUUCUAGCCUAGUGAGUAAGAGGCAUUCGUCUCUGGGAAACUUGCCUCUCUUGGGGAUCUUCCCCUCCCAGGCAUUUUCCAUUCCCAGAAAGGUUCCUUGUGGUUCCGAAUCUAGAGACCAAACCCUGAGUUCCCACCUCCUUCCUUCUGUCCAGCCCAGGCUGGUAUGUCCCCAACACCUCUCCCAGGGCUUCUUCAUGUCGGAUGCACCCAAGUCCUUAGCCCAGCCGUGCCACCUGCAAGAGUCUGCUCUUGCAUUUCUUCCCCUCCUCAAGAAGGGAGGGGGUCACUUCAGGCCCUUCUGUGCAUUGCCUGGCGGGAUACCUUGUCCAACCAGCUACCCACCUCGACCCCCCUGUAGCUUAGGACACAAGCCAGCUACCAGCGGUACAGAGCAGCGAUCAAAGCCGAGUACUUACAACUCCAGUAAGCCCAACUUCUCCACCUCAGCCCUUCUGCUGCUUGAAGGGCUAUGCUGGGGGUGAACUUCUUGAGACUCUCAUCAGGCUUCUGCAAAAGCUCUUCUUCCUGAAGACUGACCCAGUCUUUGUGGCUCUCACCCUUCACUCUGGUAAAGCUGUUUCUCUCUUGGGGGAAUGAGGGGCUGCAGGAAUUCCUGGAGACCCUGGUGCUUCAUGAUGCUGCUCUGGUGAUUCUGGUACAUAAUCUGGUGUAUUCACCAGUGAAGUAAAGGGAUUGUGGUCAGGUCUGCCAAGAGAGUGGUGGUCCCUUCCACUUCAAACCUUCAUUGGAGGGGGGUGGGAUGGAAAGAAUGUUGAAUCUUUUUUUUUGACGGGAUGGGGUUUUUCUCUUUGUAAUUACUUCUUUAGUUUAAUUAACCUUUUGGUUGUUUGUGCAAUAUUAUAUAUUUUAAAUUAUAAUGCAUCUCCCCAGAGUAUUUUGUAGCCAGGAAAAGAAAAAAAGGGAAAAAAAAAAAAAAAAAAGAUUCUAACAGCUGUUAGUUUUGUAAUUAAAAAAAAAGAAAAAAGAACUUUGUCCUGAACCUUUUCCAGACUUGCCGUUAACAGCAUUAAAGAGAUUCAACAGAAGCUGGAAGUCUGGGGGUCUGUUCUUGUCCCCAACAGCAGCUGCCCUGGAGGCAAGGCAGGACGGACACAGUGUGCAGGCUGGCUUCCUGCGUGGAGCCUGGGGAAGGGGCAGGGGGGCAGGGAGGGGUGGUCUGGGGCUCAAGGAAGUCCCCUGUCCUCACCUCAGACUCAGCUUAGACUCUGGGGUGAGGCAGGGACAGGGCCCCCAGCAGGCCUCUCACCAAGACAAGGAGUCGAGAGGCCGUCUCUGCAUUCCCAGCGCUUCUGCUUUUAUUUGGAAAGGAAGUUGCAACAGUGGUGGUUCCAGUGGCUCUUGGUCACUUCUCCCCUCUCCUCCCCCAGUGUGUGUAUGAUUCUGGGGUCUGUUUUUUAUUUUUAUUUUUUUCAUUAAUUUGAGUUGAACACCUGUGUGAAAAUCACUUGUUAGCUGUAAUAAAAGGGAAGUCUGAAUGAGGCCCUCUGGUUGCAUGAAGAUCUUUAAAGGGAAAGAGAAGUAAGGCUUGGGGAGGGUGUAGGUAAGUUCUAGGAUAGAAGUAAACUUAAAGUGUAAAACAUAUAUCACCAUCUUAGAAGCGGGUUUUGGGGUUUGCUUUCUCCCCCUGCUUUAUUGGGGAGGACUUGCCAUUGCUUUUAUCAAGUGCUUGCUAGCCAUGGGUGCCAACUAACUUCUUCGAU